AUGGCCGAGGCCAACCGAAGUAUCGAGUCUAUCCUGGCUGCCCUUGCAGCACAGCGACCACCGACUACUUCAACCCCGAACCCGGCCCAACCGCAGCCCCCCUACCAGCAGACACCAACCCCUGGUGCUUAUCCGCCCACAAUGCCUCCCGGAGUUCCACCUCCUGUUGCGUAUGGCGCAGGAGCCUAUUCUAUCCCUCAGCCCUCCUCGAGUGGCAACUUUGACCUGAGUGCUAUCAAACCCGUCAACUCUGGAACUGUCAGUAUUGCCGAUGCUAUAGCUCAAGCCAAGGCUUUCGCAACUGAAAAGGGAAUAUCGUCUUAUGACAACUCGCGCGCUGCCCCUUCAUACCAGGCACAUGAUUCCCGUGCUGGCGACGGUAGACACUAUAGAUCUCGCUCGCGCUCGCCGCAUGGUCGUGAUACUUAUCGUGACAACUUCAACCCGUACCGAGAUGAGCGCCGUGAUGACAGCCGUGGAAACUAUGGCCGCAAUCGCUCUGUCUCCCCUGGUGCCAAUAGAGGCCGGUCUUAUGGCAGGGACUCUCCACGCGGUAACAGUGGUAGAGGUGGUGACGAUGACACCGAGACCAUCCAAAUAGAGUCCAGCCUAGUGGGCUUGAUUAUUGGCAGACAGGGCGAAAACCUGCGUCGUGUUGAAUCUUCCACGGGCUGCCGAGUGCAGUUCAUCACUGGUCCCGAUAACCAGGGACCUUUCCGUCAAUGCCGAAUAACUGGUCCUCGUGCAAGACGUGCUGAGGCCAAGGAUGCCAUCAACCGAAUUAUUGAAGACUCCGGCAUGGGCGCUGUUGCUCGAGCUGAUAACCCGCAUGGUGGUAACCGCAAUGCCCCUGGCGCUUCUGCUCCCGCUCCACUCCGAGAGGGUGAAGAUGUCAUGCAAAUUAUGGUGCCUGAUCGCACAGUUGGCUUGAUCAUAGGUCGUGGAGGUGAGACUAUUCGUGACCUGCAAGAGCGCAGUGGCUGCCAUGUCAAUAUCACCAGUGAGUCGAAGAGUGUCAAUGGCCUGCGCCCUGUCAAUCUUAUUGGCACCCGCGAAGCGGCGGCUCAAGCCAAGGAGCUCAUCAUGGAGAUCGUGGACAGUGACAGCCGCCAAGCCAACGGUGGUGGUGGCGCCCCCGCCGCCGCCGGCGGUAAGAUGGACCGCCCUCAAAGAAAUGAUCAUGGUCGUAGCAAUGCACCUGGUGGCGAUGACAAAAUCAAUGAUGCUAUCUUUGUCCCAUCUGAAGCUGUUGGUAUGAUCAUUGGCAAGGGUGGAGAAACCAUUCGAGAAAUGCAGAACACCACCGGAUGUAAGAUCAACGUCUCCCAGUCUUCGGGUCCUGGCGAGACAGAGAGAGAGAUUGGCCUGGUAGGAUCCCGUGACGCCAUCAGCAGAGCCAAGCGUGCCAUUGAAGACAAGGUAGAGGCAGUGCGCCAGAAGAACAGCGGUGGUGGUGGCCGUGGUGGCGGUCGUCCCCAGAACCGACGUGACUAUGACAACCCCAACUAUUCCCAGGGAGGUAAUAGCCAACCCAGUCAUGCAGCGGCCCCUGGCCAACCCCCAGCAGCUGCCAAUGGCGCCGACCCCUACGCAGCUUAUGGCGGUUAUCAGAACUACGUUGCUUUGUGGUACCAGGCCCUGGCUGCCCAAGGUCAGACCGGUGGUGAGAUGCCCAAGCCUGCCGGACAGUAA